AUGCUGAUCUGUUCGACAGACACCAACGUCAAGCCGUUCAAAUGUUUCACCUGUCAUAUGUCCUUUGCCAGGCGCGACCUCCUACAACGACACUACACCGUCCAUGGCAAGGACCAGAAUCAAGAGCCUAUACCUGCCGCCAAUGGCAUGAUCCCAAAGUCAGCCGGCAGGACACCCAUUGCCUGCUCCAACUGCGCGAAGACCAAGACAAAGUGUGACAAGAAGUUCCCAUGCUCGCGAUGUGCAGGACGCAACCUCAAGUGCACCUUGAGGCCUACACGCCGAGCCACAAAAGGUGCCGCUAGGGUUGGAGGACAGCCGGAGGGUGGUGGUCAGGUCAUCUCGGCCGAUCCGGGUGCACAACAAAACGAUAGCCCUCCUCAGCAGCCACCAUUGCUGAAGCCGGCGACACCGAAGAACAACGGUGUUCCUGCCACCCCCAUGGCAGACCAGGCUGCUCCGCCGAUGGUCGACGGCCCACCUUCACAAUUCUUCGACCAGCCCACGAGUGGGCCCAACGGAUCAGCUCCAGGAUUGGCUCCGGCCUUUGUGGAUGCGUCAAAUGGAUAUCCGCAAGGUACACCCCACGACAGCUACGAGGAUCUGUCUCGUCUUAACAAGGACGAAAGCCAGAUGCAGAGCCCGCAGUUCAUGUUCGACUGGAACCAGAUGCAGAUGCCAAUGGGGUACGAUGGUGUGGUCCAGCCGCAGAUGCUCGUCAACCAGGACAUGGGUUUCGAUCCCAGCAUGCUGCAGAUGGCCCCGCCUCAUCCUCCUCCUUCUGCUGAUGGAAUGCUCUCCAUCAUGCCGAACGUGGCCAACGGCACACGUCCACUCAUCACCCCGACCGAGACGCCGAAGGUUGAGCAAGCGUUUUCACACCUGGGUCUUGCAAACUCGAACGGAGCGUUCCAACGACAUCGACGUCGACAUUCUCUCCUCUCGGAGGGAGAUGUGAGCGGCGAGAUGGCCCAGAUCGUUAAGGCGCGGGAGUCAUGGACAGUUUUCCGGUGCACCCCAACGACGCCAUCGGCCUCCUGCCCUAUCACAGCCAAGCUGAACCUCGAGCGGUUGGAACAGACGCUGAAGGAUCAUGAAGGCUGGAGUACCUGGAGUCCUCAGUGGGAGGAACCUGACCCCAACGACCCCAAUAACAAAGACUACCUCACCGUAAUGAUGCUCCACGAGAGCACCAGGGACAAGCUCUUGGCCAUCACGCAGAGCUUCCUACACAAGGCCCUGGAAAUCCAUAGCGAAGGCACCACCACCUCGCCAACACAAACUCAUCCCUCACCCCGAGUGUCUUCAAACUUUGUCCUGCUGCCGCCGGCUCGCGUUCUUCUGCAUUUCCUGAGGUCAUACGUCAAUUGCUCGGAGAGGUACUAUCCUCUGACAGGUCGCGGCAACCUCGAUGUCAACGAGCUGAUGUACUUCUACAACGACCGAGCUGCGAGCUUGUUAGUGUUGAUGAUGGUUGCACAGGGCGCCAUGAAUAUUCCGUCGGUGGAAGCUCGCAUGCUCACCGGUGGACUCACGGAGGCCUGCCGGAUAUCCUUGUUCGAUCUCAUCGAGAAGAACAUUGUGAUGUCCGGAAAUCCAGUGGUACUUCACGCCGCGUUGCUCUUCACCGUCCAGGCGGCGUGGAGCGGAGAUAAAUGGCAGAUGGACAUCGCCAUGGGCCAGCGUGGAAUGUACUUCGCCAUGCUGAGGCAUGCUGGUGUGCUCGACCAGCGUCCAACAUCCGCAGCUGGCAUGGACGGUCGUCCAAACACAGAUCGGCUGUGGAAUGAAUGGAUCCAGAACGAGAGCCAGAGUCGUCUGGUCUACUCGUGGAUCAUGGUCGACCAAGAGCUUGCUCUCUUCCACGACACUGCACCGCUUUUCUCGGUCACUGAGUUUGGCGCACCGAUGCCGGAUUCAGAUCGCUUGUGGCAUGCUGCGACAGCUGCAGACUGGUCUUCGACCUUCGAACAAGUCCACGAAUUCUCCGGUGGAUUCUCCUCUGUCGGCUCAGGCGCUCGACCUUUGUCGCUGCGUGACCUGUUCCAGCAUUUCCUCGACGACCAGAUGAUCGCCAUGGGCAUCGAGAUGACCCCCCUACAGCUUAGGCUCCUACUUCACCCAUUGCAAGGGCUGGUCAACCAGUACAGUCAGCUGCUCAGCUGCUUCUCAGACUCCUUCGGACAACGUAGCAGCAGCUCUCGCGCGUUGACCGCAGCUUCGACCCGUCAAAGCCUAGGAGAAGUCCAGGCCCUCCUCCAACGCUGGUUCGACCUCGCCGAGCGGUACCUCAAAGUCAACGAGCUCUGCAGCAUGAUGUCCACCAACCUCGUCAUCUUCCACCUCAUCAGCCUCAAUGCCGUCACCAACUUCCCCGAAAUCGAACGCCUCGCCCGCGGCGAAAACUACGACGGCUCGUACCAACAGCUCGUCCUGCGCCACCGUCGCUGCGUCUCCGACCUCGAAGAAGCAGUCUACCACUGCGGCCAAGUCUUCCGCCUCGUCAAAGCCAUGCGUCCGGACGUCCGCCCGCCCUGGUGGGCCGGUGCAAUUUACCGCGCUGGUCUCGUCCUGUGGGUCGACAGUCUGAUCAACAAGGAUACCAUGUCGCCGGCGAACAACGGUAUGUUCCCGGUUGCUGGUCCGUCGAUCCUGAUUGAUAAUGAGAAACCGGAUUCCUUCCUGAUCGUGCGGUACUUGACGAAGCGGGAAGGCACUCCGGCGUUGCUAAGAGGUGACGGGACGCAGGUUGGCAUCGACCAGCCGUAUCCGAUUUUGCGGCACUGUAUUGAGCUGAUUGAUCGAGGUGCUUCGACGAGGUUCUCGGACGGGGUGAGGGCGAAGCUUGAUCAGUUGUCUAGGAGCUGA